ACUGCUGAAAAAUAAAAUCACUCCUAUUGUGACCCUGUAUCAUUGGGACCUUCCACAGGUUUUGCAGGAGAAAUUCGGAGGCUGGCAGAACAUAAGCAUGGUCAAUUACUUUAAUGAUUAUGCCAGUCUUUGCUUUGAAAGAUUUGGAAACCGUGUGAAACACUGGAUCACUUUUAAUAACCCUUGGUCAGUGGCAGUAGAGGGCUAUGAAACAGGAGAACAUGCUCCAGGCCUGAAACUCAAAGGCACUGGGGCUUACAAGGCUGCUCACCACAUCAUUAAGGCGCAUGCUAAGGUUUGGCAUACCUAUGAUAGUCAGUGGCGAAGCAAACAAAAGGGUUUGGUGGGAAUUUCACUGUCUGGAGACUGGGGAGAGCCAGUGGAUAUUACCAACCCAAAGGACAUAGAGGCUGCUGAGAGAUAUGUCCAGUUCUACAUGGGCUGGUUUGCUACACCCAUCUUCCAUGGAGACUACCCUCAGGUCAUGAAGGACUUCAUAGGUAGGAAGAGUUCUCAGCAGGGCCUGAGAAUAUCUCGACUUCCCACCUUUUCCUCUCAGGAGAAGGGUUACAUUAAAGGCACGUGUGACUUUCUAGGAGUUGGGCACUUCACCACACGCUACAUCACUCAGAAGACAUGCCCUCCCGACAGUACAAGCUUCUACUAUACAGACCGAGACCUGGCUGAGCUUGUGGAUCCACAUUGGCCUGAUCCAGGUUCUGAAUGGCUCUACUCUGUGCCUUGGGGCUUCCGGCGUCUGCUUAACUUCCUUAAGACCCAGUAUGGGAACCCCACCAUCUACAUCACUGAAAACGGAGUCUCUGAGAAAAUGAUGUGCACAGAGUUGUGUGAUGACUGGAGGAUCCAGUAUUAUAGUAAUUACAUCAAUGAGAUGCUGAAAGAUCCUUUGACCAGCCACAUGGAGAUGGUAACUGAGAUAGUUGUCCCCACUGUAUGCACCCUCUGCAUCCUCAUCUCUGCACUUUUUCUCAUGUUUCUCCUUCGGAAACGCACCUAGCAAAGGAGCAAGGACUGACCACAUACAUACUUAAGACAGUGCUCAAAGGUCUACCCUAUUUUACAAAACAAAAAAACCUACAUACAGUAGCUAGGAAUAUCCUCAAGCUAAAUGUGAUACUUCUUAAACCAAGGUUUGAGUGAUUAUACUAUACACCACAUCAAAACAUCUUUGCAUG